GCUCCCUCUAGUGGUGGGAGGAGAGUUUGCCAGAACACAGUCAGUACUACAGUAGUGACAGGCGAGGGGGAGGCAGAGAGCUGGAAGCUCCGGAUCCAUCUUCAUGAGAAAAGAAGCGAGAGAGAGCGAGUCCCGGCUUCAGUUCUCGAAAGCGGCUUCUUCUUGUGUCAUCUGUGCCAGGGAGCCCGAGGAGGGUCCUGUGCCAGCGUCUGUAGGAUGUCCCGACAUGAAGGUGUCAGCUGCGAUGCAUGUUUAAAAGGAAACUUCCGAGGUCGCAGAUACAAGUGUUUAAUUUGUUACGACUACGACCUGUGCGCAUCUUGUUAUGAAAGUGGAGCCACCACAACAAGACACACAACGGAGCAUCCAAUGCAGUGUAUAUUAACAAGGGUAGAUUUUGAUUUGUAUUAUGGCGGAGAAGCAUUUUCAGUAGAGCAGCCGCAGUCUUUUACUUGUCCUUACUGUGGGAAAAUGGGUUAUACGGAGACAUCUCUACAAGAACAUGUUACUUCAGAACAUGCAGAAACCUCCACAGAAGUGAUAUGUCCGAUAUGUGCAGCGUUACCAGGAGGAGAUCCCAAUCAUGUCACAGAUGACUUUGCAGCUCAUCUUACACUUGAGCACAGAGCUCCCAGAGAUUUAGAUGAAUCCAGUGGUGUUCGGCACGUACGUAGGAUGUUUCACCCUGGUCGGGGUUUGGGAGGUCCUCGCGCACGUAGAUCAAACAUGCACUUUACUAGCAGUUCAACUGGUGGGCUUUCAUCUUCACAGAGUUCAUCAUAUUCUCCAAGCAAUAGGGAAGCCAUGGAUCCUAUAGCUGAGCUUUUAUCUCAGUUGUCAGGGGUGAGACGCUCAGCGGGUGGACAGCUGAAUUCUUCUGGCCCAUCGGCCUCCCAGUUACAGCAACUGCAGAUGCAGCUGCAGCUGGAAAGGCAACAGGCGCAGGCAGCGCGGCAACAGUUGGAGUCGGCACGCAAUGCAACGAGACGCACCAACACAAGCAACGUCGCCACCACCGUCGCACAAUCGACAGCAACGACAAACACAACAACCACAGAAAACAAUCAGCAGACUACCCACAAUUCACAGUUCCUCCUUUCGCGGUUGAACGAUCCUAAGAUGUCUGAGGUAGAACGCCAGUCCUUGGAAAGCGAGCGGGCAGACCGAAGCCUGUUUGUCCAAGAGCUUCUCCUGUCCACCUUGAUGCGGGAAGAAAGUUCUUCCUCAGACGAGGAUGAACGGGGGGAAUUUGGAGAUUUUGGUGCUAUGGGUUGUGUAGAUAUUAUGCCUUUAGAUGUUGCUUUAGAAAACCUAAAUUUAAAAGAGUGUAAUAAAGGAAAUGAGCCUCCGCCACCUCCUCUUUGAUGACAUCCCACUUCGCAGACAAUGUCCUCUGUGCUGUAACUGCCAAUGAAAGUGGACAACAACUAUCUUUUGGGUUUGUUUUGGUGAUUGUAAUUUCAGGUCUGUCACUCUUCUUACAUUGUGUACAUUCAAAAAGGAACAAGAGAAAUAUAUAAAUAUAUAUAAAAAUAAAAAGAUAAUCAAUUCCACGUAACAAAUUUUUACUUCUAGCAGGUAAAUGUAGGUAGCAGUGCCAGAGGCAAUCUUUGCUUCCUGUUCCUUGACAUGCAAAAGGCUCUGCUAAUGCCCCACAUUCAUACUGAAAAGGAAACAAAAAAUAUUGGGGGGAAAAAAAUCUCUAAUGAAGCUGCUGUGUGUAUAUUUAUGAAUAUUAAUGAAUAAAAACUGCUUGGAUGGUUUACCUUAACUACUGCAUGAGGUUUUUUGCAGCGUGCAUGAGUUUUAGUGACCUUGUCAUUU